AUGACAAACUUUAAAAGGGCUGGAGCAGGCACGGGAAUAAAUCAUAUAGGGGAUGAAUGCAGUAGUCUAGAUGACAUCGUUGUGCAGCAGGGCCCAGGAAAGCCGCUACCAAACGGGAUCCCAACGUACACAGUGGUAGUGCUAAAUGCGUGCGUCCAGGAAUGUGCCAUCUCACAAAUCCACCUCAGUUGUGGGUGGUUCAGCUCAGCCCGAGAAAUCAACCCACGCAUCUUUCGUCGACUUGGCUACAACGAUUGCCUCGUCAACGACGGCCGCCCUCUCGCCAAUGGCUUCUCCAUCUCCUUCCAAUACGCCAACUCUUUUCCCUACCGCCUUGCCGUCUCUAAUGCCACAUGCCACUCCUAG